GGACUCCUGGCAUUCAACUGAGAGCCACAGGCCCUGGGGUGGAGCUCCCAGCCCUCGCCCCGCGCCCACCUCCUGGGGUCCUUCCUGAAGGAGUGCAGCCGCCGUGCCCCAGCCUGGAGUCUGGGCUGCUUGGGCCUGACCGGUGGGUAUGUCUCUCCAGGACACCAUCACGCAGCUGGAGAGUGACCUGAGGGGCACCAAGAGCGAGAUGGCGCGUCACCUCCGGGAGUACCAGGACCUGCUCAAUGUCAAGAUGGCCCUCGACAUCGAGAUCGCUGCCUACAGGAAGCUGCUGGAAGGUGAAGAGACCCGCUUCAGCACCAGUGGCCUAAGCAUGUCUGGGCUGAACCCGCUUCCCAAUCCCACAUACCUGCUCCCGCCCAGAGUCCUCAGCUCGACCACCUCCAAGAUCGCGGCCGCCGGGCUGUCGCUGAAGAAGGAGGAGGAGGAGGAGGAGGCGCUGAAGGUGGCCUCCAAGAAAACCUCCCAGACAGGGGAGAGCUUUGAGGAGGUCCUGGAGGAGACAGUCAUUUCCACGAAGAAAACCGAGAAGUCAAACAUAGAGGAAAGCACCAUCUCCAGCCCGAAGGUCUAACCUGUCGCAGGCAAAAGCUGGUGCUGAAGGGGGAGCGCGCACUUGCCCCGCCAGCAGCCUGGCUCUGACCAUGACACCCGCCACCGCGAUGCACCGUCCUCAGGCUUCCGUCUCACAUUGCGCACCAAAUGCUCACUUGCUCGAGUAAGAAAACCACCCCUUAGGUCGACGAUCACACGCCCCGGGGCCGCCCGGGCAUCACCCAGGACAGCUUCUCACCUUCCCGAAGGCUCACAGCAGCGGGCCUGGUGCAGGGGAACAGAGCUGCGGUGCUACAUCUGAGGUCCUCGGCGUCUGCCGUGAGCCAGCGACAGCCGUGUCGCCGCACCGCCUCAUCCCAGAUGCCUGAUCCCAUGGCCACUGCCAAAGACCAGCCCGCGGGCCACACUGCCCGACAGAACGUCUCCGGCCUCGGCGCUUGUCCACAGACACGCCCACCCUCAGUUCACCCUUUUCUUCCACCCAGGAGGAGAAAGGAAGAGGCUCAUGUGGAAUCCUUUCCUGUUAGGCACACAGAGGUUCUUCACGAAAGAUUUCCCCCUUGGCGCGGCCCGCUCAGUGGUAAAGUUAGGUGCAUGUUGACAGUUCUGUGACUUGUGUAGUGACUCGGCCCUGCCCGCCCUGCCUUCUGGUUCUGUGAGCUUCAUGGCAGUGAAGAACUGUGAAGGUUUUCCCAACACGAAAAAUAAUGGAGAGAAUCCCCAGAUGCUAGGCUUCCCGCUCACUCGAACCCAGUUACUUAGGAGAAAACACGACUUCGUUGAGAACGUAGCUUUCGCCGUACCCUUAGACGUGGCCCCGCCGCGCUGACCUUAGUGUGUAGUCUAGGCUAGAAGUGUUUCUGUGAGUGGAGAACCAGCGGCUGUCAGCGUCGGUCCCUUUGUGGUGACAUAGACUAGCUUUCUCGGCCCCACCCCGCGUCCCCACGGCCCCCUGCCCCGUCUCGGCCCUGUCCGAGCCCUUGCGUCCACUCUCCCUGGCCUUUCGAGGCUGCCUGGCGUAGGCCACAGUGCCACUGCCCGGAAGUACAAAACCACGUCUGGUCAGUCGACACCACCAGCACGUAGGAGCAAGAAAUCAUCCCGUUUCCUAAGGGUCUCCUGACAUGUCCAGCGGCCCAUCGUGGGCAGGAUCCCCAGGGCUGCGCCGGCCACCGCCCGUGAGGCUCCACUCAGAGCCACCCCUGCCCCCCCGCCCGUGUGCCCGUCCUGCCCGGCCAAGUGCAGUAUGGGCCAUGACCCAUCAGCCGUCACCUCCUGGGCGCUGAGAGCGGCCUGUCUGUGUCUCUCUUGGCCUGUGGUUAGGGACGCAGCCUGCUACUGGACUUCUUCCGAGUUGUGCGGCCAUCGUUUCAGAAGUUCAAGAGACGCCUCCCUCCUCUCCCUGUCCCUGUGUCCUUUCCUCGCACUUCCUGUAAGACAUUAGUAAAAUGAGAAUUAAAGUGUACGACCCCCUGGC